UAUAAUGAUUGACUUUUCAGUUUUGAAAAUAUUUUGGCCAUGGUUUUCGCUGAAGUACCGGAAAAGGAAUCGGCUACAGAUCCUCUCUAUAUAGCGCUCGAGGAUACGGUCGGUCGGCUCGGUCUGGUGAAUAACGAGUUUCAGAUUCGAAAAUGCAUGGAGCUCUAUGAACAGUUACAACAACGAAUGGGUGUAGCGAUUGUGGGUCCUCCAGGAUCCGGUAAAAGCACUAUUCGGCAAAUAUUAAAAAGUGCGCUGACGCAGCAAGGUAAAAACAUAGUGGAAUACGUAAUAUGCCCAAAAGCGAUGUCCCGCAGCUGGCUGCUCGGACACAUCGAGCUCGACACGCGCCAGUGGACCGACGGCGUCAUUUCAACCGUCGCGCUCGAAGUGGCCAACCAACCGGAAGACGUAUGGUCGUGGGUCGUGUGUGACGGCGACAUAGAUCCGGAAUGGAUUGAAGCUCUCAACUCCGUACUCGACGACAACCGCCUCCUAACACUGCCGUCGGGCUGGCGAGUUCAGUUUGGACAAAACGUUAACUUCAUCUUCGAGACGCACAGCUUGGAAUACGCUUCGCCUGCGACAAUUUCGAGAAUGGGAAUAAUAUUGUUUAGUAACGAAAACCAUUGCUCGCAAGAAAUUUUAGAUAGAUGGGUACAAAGCAAGGAAUUUGAUAAUGAUACUGCAAAAUCAGCUAUUCCAUUUUUGAAUCUAACCUUAAACAAGUGUCUAAAGUGGCUGACUGUACAUCAAGCUGACGUCACAACGAAAGAUUGUCACAUGUCUUUGGUGAGACAAAUAUUAUCGAACUUCGAAUAUAUAGCACAAGAAAUUACGUUCAAAAAUAAUCCGCAAAGUGCAGAGGAUAUGGUUUGGUCAGCAGUACAACUCAGUACUAUGGGAAUCAUAAAACAAAGCGCAAUCGACAGUUUCUAUGAGGAGCUGGAGAUGCCGCUCGCGGCAGGCGGCGCGGCGGGUGGCGUGGCAGGCGGCGCGGGGGUAGGCGCGGAGUGGGCGGAGGGCGUGCUGCGCAGCGCGCGCGUGCGGGCGUGCGAGCCCGCCCUGCGCGCCGCCGCGCACGCCGCUGCGCACGUCGUCAUCAUCGGACCGGAGGCGAGCGCCAAGACUCUUUUAGCCGAAUAUGUUUUAAGGGAAUCCAACUCUACUAUAAUAACAAUCAACUGCACUCCAAACCUAGAACCGACGGACAUCAUUGCAGAGCUAAAGCGGAAGAAUGCCGUUGGCGGCGCGGGGCGGGGGGCGGGGCGGGGCGCGGGGCCCGUGCUGCUGGUGCGGGCGCUGCACCGCGCGCGCUGCGACGCCUGGGGUUCCUCGCCGGUGCACUCCUUCCUGCUGCAGGUGAUACAGCAGCACGGGUUCUGGUGGCGCGAGGAGGGCGCGCCGCAGUGGCAGCCGACGGGGCGCGUGCGCGUGCUGUGCACGGCCGAGCAGCCGCCGCGCGCGCGUCUCGCCGCCGCGCUCGCGCACGUGCACCUGCCUGAGGCUGACGAUGAUGAGUUACUCGAACUAUCGAGAAGCUAUUUGUCAGAGAGUGUCCCCAAAAACAUAACGGAAAACGAUAUUUUUAAUUUAUCUCGUAAUAUGAUAUCAUUGUACAAAGAGGUAACAAAAACUUUCCACUCGAAACCUCAUUACAAAUGGAACCCGUCUCACCUCAAACAAUGGUGUGAAAACAUAAAAUGGUUUUCUCCUAACGAUUUACAGCAAGUUGUCACGGCCUUGAAUGCAAUGGCGAAUAUUAUAUUCAAAAAUAGAUUGGUCACGGAUGAAGAAAAAUCUGAAUAUAUCACAAUAGCUCAAAAUUAUUUUAAAACUGACAAUAAUAUAUAUUUCAUACCCAAACUCCGCAAUGAUGGUGUUUAUUUGGUAGCCGUGGAUUACAAGGAUUGGUACGAAAACACUCAGAAAUUAAUCAACCAGUGUUUGACCGAUGACGAAAACUGCUUCGGUGAAUCUGGUAUAGAAGUCUGCGCUGAAUUGUCGGUUUUGAUUCCGGUCAUCGCACUCGCACUGAACGGCGGCGGCGCGAGCUGCGCGGGCGGCGCGGGCGCGGGGCGGCGCGCGGCGGCGCGGCUGCUCGGCGCCGUCGCGGGCGCGCGCGUGGCGCUGCUCGACCGCGGCGCGCUCUUCCACGUCGGCUUCAAAAACGUUCGCCUCUCUCGAUACUUACGCACACUCUCGGUGGCCUUGACUCUCCACGAAAUAUUAUUAUUUCAAAGCUCGCUCUUGCCGCAGAAGUGUCUCACCGCGUUGACGUCGGCAAGUGAAGGUACCCGUACGUUAAUAGUGUUGUGCGAGCCGGUAGUUACGGACGACUUACUGGCGUGUGUCGAGGCCUUCUUGAGCGCCACCUCCAUACAUGCAUUACCUAUGAGCAUCAUUCCAUCCUCCGGACCAGCGCAGCAGACAGAACAAACGUUUAUAAACAUGAAAAAUAACUUAGGUAUAAUGAUUUGCUUGGACAAAGACCAGGAUAACUUGACCGGAUUGCUAGAUUCCUAUCCGCUGCUAUACAACAAUAACUUUUUAUGCUGGCUCUCACAUUGGUCAGACGAAACCUUGAAAGACAUGCCGGCACUUCUGAUACAGAGGUACAUUCCGUUGUUGCACACUGUGUGA